AUGCAUCACUGAUUUCUUAUACCAUUGACAUGCAGAAGAAGGGGCUCUGCCUGCCGCCUCUUUGUGCUCCAUUCUGUGCCUUCUGCUCGUCAGGCAGCCAUUAAUGGAAUCCACAGGAGAGCCUGAUCAAUGCAAGAGACAAGAAGACGAAUGCAUUUUGGGACGGAUGCUUUAAGGAAGCGCCAGGAGCCUGUACGGUGGGCAGUUUAAAGAGACAGAAGAGCUGAAGUGGUUGUACAAGAGCCCAGCCAUGUUGGAAGAGGUUGCCCAGAAGUGGUACCCCACCCACGUCCAAGUGACUGUGUUAGAGGCGCGGGAGCUGCACCCCAAAGGCAAACAUGGUACAAACGACACCUAUACCAUCAUACAGUUGGGCAAGGAGAAAUACUCCACGUCAGUGAUGGAAAAGACCCUCAGCCCCAUCUGGAAGGAAGAGGCAUCAUUUGAGCUGCCAGGCCUAGUCAUGGAGGAGAAUUCAGAGCAGUAUCAGCUGCAGCUGACAGUUAUGCACAGGUCUCUAGUUGGCCUCGAUAAGUUCCUGGGGCAGGUUUGCAUCAACCUGAACAAUAUGUUUGAGAAGAAGGAACACCGCAAAACAGAAUGGUACAAGCUGGAAUCCAAACAGGGGAAGAGGAAUAAGGAGAGAGGAGAACUAAAGGUCAACAUACAGUUCAUGAGGAAUAAUAUGACGGCCAGUAUGUUUGACUUGUCUGUAAAAGACAAAACUCGUUCUCCCUUUGCCCGUUUAAAGAACAAGAUGAAAGGAAGGAAACCAGAAGGCUCAGACACUUCAUCUGCCAUUAUCCCCAGUACCAGCAACCUGCACUCAGGCCAAGAUUCUGCUGGCAAAGAGAUCCAAAUAAGAAACAAGCCAAAAAAGCCAUUCCUUUUGGGCCCACAGCGCCUAUCGUCUGCCCACUCAAUGUCAGAUUUAAUUGGGCCUCAUUCCUCAAAGAUGAACACUGCUGGUCUUCCAGUUAACCAGCCCCUUGACUCCAUCAGUUCAGCCGAUGAGAGCGGAAGCAUCAAGUCACCUCACCGACGAACCAUGAGUGUGGACACUUCAAAAGCGGAAACCAAUCCUACUGGAAGUGACUGGACUAUUGGGGGAAGCUCAGAGGGAGACCCCAGUGUUAGUCCUACUCUCCCACAAAAGUUUGCCACCCUUCCCAGGCAGUGGACCCCAUACGUGGAUAAGAACAACUCCUGGGAAGCCAGUGGUAAGGCUGCGCCAGGAAACACUUCUGUCGGACUCUUCUCCAAAUCUGGGGAAGGAAAGAAAGAGGCAAAGAAAAAGGACAAAGUUAGUCUCUUUGAAAGAGUAACUGGAAAAAAGGAAGGAAAGAGGCAAAGCCAAGAGAAUUUGGACUGGGGCUCUGAUGUGAGGUCCCCGGACAGUGUGGCUCCACCAAAAUCCUCCGGCUUUGACUCCACAAACCCCUUUUUAACAAACUAUAGGAUGGGAAACCAGGCAACAGAUCAACGCUCACGGCCAAAGUUUUCAUCGAGCGAAGCCCUCGGAACAACACAAAUGGGGCGAAUUGGAGCCGAACACCAUCAGCACAACCUCAGAUCAACGGAGACGGGACCUUUUAACGGUUCAGGGCAUUACAGUCACCUUACUCGCAACGAAGUGGAGCGGGAACUAUCCAAGCACAAGGAGCUCCUGAAGAAGAAGGACAGUCACAUUCGUGAACUUGAAGACUACAUUGAUGACUUGUUGGUGCGGGUAAUGGAGGAGACCCCUGGCAUCUUGCGUGUGCCUUAUAUACCCUCCAAGAAAGCUGGAAAAUUCCCCCAGAGCUAAUAAGUAUCUGCCUACAGCCCACUUUGUUACUUUUGCUGCCAGAAUGACCUACCCUACAGCCAAGACCAAUUGGUCUGCUCUGUGUCCAUUUCUGGCUCUGAUUGGUCAGUCACCCAGUCUGAGACCCGCCUACAGAGACUGUUGCUGGUCUCUAGGAAUUGUUAUAAUCAAAAGCAAAGUUACGAUCUCAAAUAUUUUGGUGAAAUGAAGUUUAAAAAAUGGUGCUUUAAAAAGUGUUGGCUACACAAGCUAAAGUGGCAUUUGUAGACUUAACAUUUUGUGCCAUUACUUUGUGUGUGUGUGAAUGAGAUUCACUUCAAUCUAAUUUAAAUUUUAUUGAGAGCAAAGCGUACAAAAGACUGAAACAUAAUAAUAUUACAUAUACCCCCCUCUGCCAUAGUCAACUUUUCCCUGCAGUGAUUGUGAGUCUUUAGUGGUCUGUCUACUGAAAAACAAAAAUGUUGUGUUGUGCUUAGCUCUGCCUCAACUACACAUGGCCUGUCUUCUCACACAGCUUUAAAUACAUACAGGCUUAAACAAAAAAAAAAAAA